CGUGACAAUAGACGAGGCCACAACUCCACUCCCGAGCAAAGAACUCAAUCAUAAAAUACUUUAACUUUGCUCCAAGGAUUCCUUAGAUGACACAGGAGCAUCAACUGUGAUUUGUGAACUGAUUGUGUGUGCGUGUGUUUGUGUUAGACACAGUGUGAGUGUGUGUGUCUCUUGUACACUUAACAUAUACUUAAGACAUUGUCCUUUGAGUAAGGAAUAAAAUCAACAAACAUGGAGCUGAAAUUGGCUCUGUUGGCGCUUCUCUUGUCGCUGUCGCAAACGCAAGGGGCGCGACUGGAUAACAAAUACUUGCCCCCGCCGGCAAAUGCAGCAACCGCGGGAGGCGGCGCUGGUCUCCAGGGACCAGGCGGUCCAGGUGGCGGUGGCGGCGGCUUUGGAGGCAGCAACAAUGGAUUAGGCGGCGCUAAUAAUGGAUUAGGUGGAUUUUCGGGUGGCAAACCUAUUGCACCUGGUGGACAAGCUCCUUCGGCUCCACGUCUACCCUCCGGUCCAGCAGCUGCACCUGGACCACAGAUCCCAAUUCUGUCGUUUGUGAAUGAAAACGACGGCGAUGGCAAUUAUCGCUUCAGCUACGAGACGGGCAACGGCAUCAAGGCCCAGGAGGAGGGCACCGUGAAAAACAAGGGUUCGGAGAACGAGAUUCCAUCCGUGAUGGGUUCAUACACUUACACCAAUCCGGAGGGUGAACUUGUCGAGAUUUCAUACACAGCUGAUGAGAAUGGAUUUGUGCCAUCUGGCGCUGCUUUACCCACUCCGCCACCUAUUCCGGAAGCAAUUGCUAAGGCUCUGGCUGCUCAAGGAAUUUCCCCGCUUCCAGGAGGCGGUUAUAGCGGAGGUGCUGGCGGAGCUGGAGCUGGCGGCGGUGCUGGAGGUGGUGGAGGAUAUGGCGGUGGUGGCGGUGCCGGCCGUGGUGGAGCUCCCGGCGGAGGUGCAGGUGGAUAUGGAGGCGGUGCAGGUGGAGGAGGAGGUGCUGGCGCUGGAGGAUAUGGAGGUGGUGCAGGCGGCGGAGCUGGUCGAGGUGGCGCAGGAGGAGGCGGCGCUGGUGGUGCUGGAGGUUUCGGUGGCGGUGCCGGCGGUGCUGGAGGUUUCGGUGGUGGUGCCGGACGAGGUGGUGGCGCAGGAGCAGGUGGCGGCGCAGGCGCUGGAGGAUAUGGAGGCGGUGCCGGUGGUGCUGGCGGCGCAGGAGGUUUCGGAGGUGGUGCAGGACGAGGUGGCGGCGCAGGCGCAGGUGGCGCAGGAGGUGCUGGUGGAUAUGGAGGCCGCGCCGGUGGUGCGGGAGCAGGAGGUUUCGGAGGAGGUGCCGGACGAGGUGGUGGCGCAGGAGCAGGCGGCGGCGCUGGUGGUGCUGGAGGAUUCGGUGGCGGCGCUGGUGGUGCUGGAGGUUUCGGUGGUGGUGCCGGACGAGGCGGUGGCGCAGGAGCUGGCGGUGGAGCAGGCGCUGGAGGAUAUGGAGGCGGAGCUGGUGGAGCUGGCGGUGCUGGCGGAUUUGGUGGUGGUGCCGGACGAGGUGGUGGCGCGGGAGCUGGCGGCGGAGCAGGAGGUGCUGGUGGCUUUGGUGGCGCCGCUGGAGGAGCCGGAGGUGCUGGCCGAGGUGGCGGCGCAGGCGGCGGCGGCGCAGGAGGAGCAGGUGGAUAUGGAGGCGGUGCCGGUGGUGCAGGAGCUGGAGGUUUUGGCGGCGGCGCUGGCCGAGGCGGAGCCGGAGGUGCAGGAGGCGGCGCAGGAGGAUAUGGAGGUGGUGCUGGAGCUGGAGGAGCCGGAGGCGCAGGAGGUGCUGGUGGCUUCGGUGGCGGAGCAGGACGUGGAGGCGCCGGAGGUGCUGGUGGCGGAGCAGGUGGAUUUGGAGGCGGCGCUGGUGGUGCUGGAGGAUUCGGUGGUGGCGCAGGCGGUGCCGGUAGAGCAGGCGCGGGAGGCGGUGCUGGUGGAGCUGGUGGCGCCGGUGGAGCUGGAGGUUUUGGAGGCGGAGCCGGUAGGGGAGGUGCUGGAGGUGGUGCAGGCGGAUUCGGUGGCGGCGCUGGCGGUGCAGGAGGCUUCGGUGGUGGGGCAGGCGGUGCCGGUAGAGGAGGUGCUGGAGGUGGUGCUGGCGGAGCCGGAGGCGCCGGUGGAGCAGGUGGCUUUGGUGGUGGCGCAGGACGUGGAGGCGCUGGCGGACCUGGCUCACAAUACAUCCCCCCUGCGGCCGGCGGAGGACGAGGCAACGGCGAGUUUGAUCCACAGUCUGGUUACAUCUACUAGACAUCUUAGGUUGGAUAGAUAACAUCUCAAUAGGACGCAUUCUGCCGGAUAAUACUCUUAGAUGAAGUAGUUUUUAAGAGAUACCCCAGAUUUUCGAUGUAUAAUUUUAAAUAUUUAUGUAAAUAAGCUUCCCGGAUGUUAAGAGACAGUUUGAGGGCGACUUGCAAAAUUAUGAUCUUCUCGAAUGUAUGUUUAAGAUGAGAUUUCAGGUUUUCGAAUUUACAAUAAAUGUUUCUAGU